CAGCAUGCAUUUGAUGGAAAUUGUUGUAUUGUGAGUUCAUAUUUCAUUUAGUGCGUGUUCCACAAUUUAGAAAAUGUCACUCAUCGAUUUAAGAUUUGAAAAAGCAGCUAAAAUCUUAGCAGAGUCGGAAGAUGAAGUCCUGGAAGCCGCUGGACUGAUGGCCUUGAUGCGACUCGAGACUUUAAAAAGGCGCCUGAAGCAGUUUGAUACAGGAGGAAAACCACUGAUGCCAAUAUUAGUACAGAAUAAAGACACAACACCCAGUCGCAAUACCUCGACGGCAUGGUGUUAUACUUCCUUGCCGACUCUGCCUGCACCUGUGAUAACAACACAAUCUACAACUGGACGUCCCUUCGACAGUCUUAAAAUUAGUUUCGACCAUAAUCCAAUAACUGUUUCUUUCUCUAAUUCAUUUGGCAGCCUUAAAUCCAGCUCUGAUUCUAAAACAGCGGUGGCCACAGCUCAGUCUGUAAAUUCUGCCUCAUUAGAUUUGUUCAGCAGUCCUAAAUCAAGCUGUGAUUCUAAAACUCUGGCUACAACAGCUGAGAAUUCUAAUUUCCUUUCUUCAAAUUUGUUCAGCAGUCCUAAAUCAACUUUUGAGUUUAACACCACGCCUACAACAGUUCAGACUGCAAAUACCAUUUUCUCAAGUGUGUUCACUGGUCCUAUAUCAAGUUUUGGUUGUAAUACCACGGCAACAACAAUUCAGUCGGUAAAUGUACUUGGUUCUAGUGUGUUCACUCGUCCAAGUUUUGAUUUAAACAUGACGUCUACAACAACCCAUUCCACAAAUGCCAUUUCUUCGAUUUUAUUGCCCAGUGCCAAAACCAGAGGUGAUGUAACAAAUAUGGAACCUGUUGCAACAACAUCUUCAAUGUUAAUCAGUAUGCCUAAAUCUUCUAGACUCUAUUCACAGCAUCAGAAAGUCACCACUAAAACUGAGUCAAGUUCCUCAAGUAGGAGCAGCUCUCCAUUAAAUUCGUUUAACGUUAAAAAAGAAAAGGAAGCGUCAAAAGUAAAUAAUUGUAAGUCACUUCAGGAUUAUAAUUCGCUAGAGUGGAAUUUUGACCUUUCAAAGGCUUCGUCAAGUCGUAAAUCAACGGUUCGCAAAAUUCCAGAAACCAAAGAGUUGAUACUUGAAAAGAAAUCAUAUGGGAAGAAUGAACACGACAGUUUAAUCCACGAGAAAUAUAUUACAGACAUAAGAAAAAAUAAGGAAAGUACAUCAUCAUCCGCAGUGGUACCUAUUAGAAAUUUGGAGAGAGAAUUUGGCAAUUUACAGGUUGCAAAGAAGGAAGGAACUAGAAGUUCAUUACAAGUGGCACGACCCAGUAGCGCGGAAAAACAAAACGAACAUCGUCACUUUCAAGCCAAUUUCCUUAGAAAUUCCCAAACUUUCAGUCCAGUGUACAAUAUCUACGAAACGUACAAUCAGUCUUGGCAUUACAAUUAUACUUCACCACGUCAAUCUCAGCCUGUAAUUAACAAUAUUCUUGUGAAUGUUGAUUCUAGAUUUGGACUUGGUUGCCCUUCUUUACCUAGAGCUUCAGGGGGUUGUGGAUGCCGCCAGAUCCAGUGUGCUGAUCGUCGUUGCGGCUGUAACAAGGCAGGUACGCCUUGUCAUGGGGGCUGUUUAUGUAGUAGUCGCGGUAGCUGGUGUUUAAAUCGUUAAAUUUUUUAUUAAACACAAAAAAAUAUAUCAAUUUUAUUUUA